UAGAGAGAGAGUAUUCACUUAAACCUUCUGUUUGAAAAAGAAAAAAAUGAGGGUUUCUCAAUCUCUCAUCCCUGUUGCCAUAAUUGCUUUAGUCAUCUCCUUUGCCAAUGCUUAUGAUCGUCCACUACAAGACUUCUGUGUGGCCACUGAUGACUUAAAUGGCGUUUUUGUGAAUGGUCGAUUCUGUAAAGAUCCAACGCUAUCCGAUGCAAAAGAUUUUUUCUUCUCAGGCCUCAACAUGCCCGGGAACACCAAUAAUCAAGUUGGCUCAAAUGUGACGACAGUUAAUGUUGAUCAGAUCCCAGGGCUAAACACCAUGGGAAUAUCAUUGGUCCGCAUAGACUACGCGCCAUACGGCCAAAAUCCCCCACACACGCACCCUCGUGGCUCAGAAAUACUUGUCCUUGUCCAAGGAACAUUAUACGUUGGUUUUAUCGCUUCCAAUCAAAACGAAAACAGGUUAUUCGCCAGAGUAUUGCACCCAGGUGAUGUUUUUGUGUUUCCCAUAGGAAUGAUCCAUUUUCAGGUGAAUAUUGACAAAGUUCCAGCAGUUGCUUUUGCUGAAUUGAGUAGUCAGAAUGCUGGUGUCAUCACAAUUGCAAACGCUGUGUUCGGGUCAAACCCUCAGAUUUAUCCAGAGCUUCUCGCCAAGGCUUUCCAGGUUGAUGCAAGUAUCGUUGAAGAAAUUGAAGCCAAGUUUGGGUCCACAGUACCUUAAUAUAAAUUGUUAUAUAGAGUGUUUAUCAUUGUAACACUCACUUACAAAUGCAAUACUAAGAAAUAAUCAUGUCUUAUAAAGUAAAAAAUGAUG